AUGAAGAUUUUCUCGAUCCUCCUUCUCGCUUCCUCGGCCUUAGCCGCUCCCGGCUUUGGCACCUUCGUCUCGCAGUAUGAGAACGAUGGCGGCAGGAGCUUGAGCGGUGGUAGAAAGGGCGGUGAGGGUGGUGGCACUAUUGUCGACCGCCUCCGCGACGACAAACGCUUCAGCCGCUUUGUCCAAGUCCUCGAACGCGAGCGCGGUCUCCGCGACGACCUCGACAAUCGCGACAAGGAAACCACCGUCUUCGCACCCACCAACGAGGCCUUCAAGCGCUUUGAGGACGAGUGGCGCAACCGUCGCGCUUACGAUGACGAGGACAAGGAAGAGUGGAUCCGUCAGGCGUUGAAGUACCACAUUGCCCCUGACUCUCAGAUUGCGGGCGAUGCGCUUCAUGCCGGGGCCUUGAUUCCGACGAACUUGAGGUUGAGGGAGUUGGGCGAUCGUCAUCAGAGGGUGAGGGUAUUCAGGUUUGCUGGGGAUGUUUGGCUGAACAUGCACGCCCGCAUCGUCGAAAAAGACCUCGAAGCCGAAAAUGGGCGCAUCCAUGCCAUCGACAACGUCCUGCACCCGCCGCGCCACGCCACCGAGAUGCUCUACACCCUGCCCACCGAAUUCUCCACCUUCCUCGCUGCCCUCGAGCGCACCGAGCUCGCCGACAAGCUGGACCAGCACCACGGCGUCACGGUCUUUGCGCCGUCCAACCGCGCAUGGAAGAACGUCGGCUUCGAGAACCUCAAGUACCUUUUCUCUUGCGUCGGUCAGCGCCAAGGCGGUGAGAAAGGCAAGGGCGGCAAGGGCGGCGAUUAUGAGCAACCCACGUGCCAGGGUUUGACGGAUUUGAAGAAGAUUAUCAAGUACCACGUUGCGACGGACGUGGCUUACUCGACUGAUAUGAUGCAGAAGAAGGAGCUUCAGCUUAAGACCUUCGAAGGCCAAACCGUGACCAUCCGCGCCAAGCACCGCCAAGACCGCGGCCGCGGCGACGAAGACGAGGACACCGACCGCGAAUGGUCGUCCAUCUUCUCCCACCGCCGCAAGCACGACGAAGAGCACGGCGGCCACCACGAUGUCCGUCGCUACCACUUCACCAUCAACGACGGCGAGGCCCGCAUCUCCUUCACCGACGGACUCGCCCGCAACGGCGCGAUCCAGGUCAUUGAUAAUGUCAUGAUCCCGAAGGAUGUCAAGUUGCCGCAUGACCAGUACUUGUGAGGUGUCGCAUGCGAUAUAAUGUGAUGUAGUGUUCCCCUUUCCUUAUGCAGGCUCGUGCAGGCUCAUAUACCGGGGGCGGUCUUUUGAUGGGGCGUAUUUGUUCUUGGGGCUUCCUUGUAUGAUUUAGUCUCUGUUUCUCUUUGGCUUUCUUGUGAUGUAUGGCGUUGAUCGUUUGUGUCUUCUGUAUAUUCUUUGAAUUCGAAUAUGAUUUGUGUGGGUAACCAAGGAUGUCUCUUCUGAAUGCUUCUAUUCAUGUUUCCUCCGUCCCAAAUAUUGCUCCCUUUUAACACAUUGGCAAGCGCUGUAAGGUCUUGCUGCACAAUGUACCUCUCUCGACGCCAUAUCGCAGCCUCCGCCAUUGCCCCGUUUGGCGGUUACAACACUUGGAAGUCCGACAUGAUGGUCCAAAAAAAUCAUAUUAUCAAAGAUGGGGAGGUCUACUCCCCAAUCAAGCAAAAAGAAGUCAAAGAAAGAUAAAGUGCACAGAUGAAGGAGUA